AUGGCACAUCAGCGAACCCAGUCCGCAGGUGAGGGCCUCAAGGGGGCGCACACAGUCAGCCUGAAGGUCCUUCGAUUAUCGCGGCCAUCGUUGGCAUACCAAUACCCACUCCCGCACUCGACCGACCUCGGAAUCUCCCCCAAAGCUUCGCUAAGCUACCCUUCUGACAAUGUGAACGAUCAAUUCAUCGUCAGCCCUGUGCUGAAUCUCCCCGAGGCGUUCGGCAGCGCUUAUGUGGGCGAAACCUUCUCGUGCACCCUCUGUGCCAACAAUGAGCUUGAAGAAUCGGACCACGCACGCUCCAUAAGCGGCGUCAGGAUAGCAGCAGACAUGCAGACGCCUUCGGUCGCAGCAGGGGUAGCUCUGGAUCUAGCGGGUGCCGAGGAAGAGGAGGAAGUGUCGCCUGGCCCCGGUGAAUCGCUGCAGAAGAUCCUGCGGUUCGAGCUCAAGGAGGAGGGGCCGCAUGUCCUCGCAGUCACAGUCACGUACACGGAGACACAGCUGGCCGGUGAAGGGAAGGCAGCGAGUGGCCGCGUUCGAACGUUUAGGAAGUUGUAUCAGUUCAUCGCUCAGCAGCUUUUGAGCGUGCGGACGAAGACUGGGGAUCUGCCUACACGGGGACGGCUUUCGAAGUAUGCUCUGGAAGCGCAGCUGGAGAACAUGGGUGAGAGCGCAGUCUCCCUGGAGGCCGUUAAUGUGAAUCCCAAGCCACCGUUCAAGUCAACGUCGCUGAAUUGGGAUCUGCGAGUCCCAGGCCCGGAAGCCGCACACUCGCCCAUCCUGAACCCACGUGAUAUCAUUCAAGUUGCCUUUCUCCUCGAAGAGCAAGACGAGGCCGAGGCUAGCGACAGCGCUGGACGGCUCCCUGCAGGCGACCCGCGAAAGGUUCUCGGGCAGCUGACUAUCCAGUGGCGGAGCGCGUUGGGCGAUCGCGGCUCCCUGAGCACGGGGUGGCUCACUAGUCGACGGUGA